UCAUCUCUCUGUAACGUCAUCCCCGACGCGCCGAGAUUCACCUACCCUUUAACUCUCCCACAUCUGAUAUCCAAUGACAGUGUCUCUGUCUCUCUCUCUCUCUCUUCCUCCCUCUCUCUCUCUCUUUCUCUUUCACCGUGCGCUCCACUCCUGGCAUUAAUCUGUUGUUCUCUCUCUUUCUCACUUUAUCUUUCACUUUCUCUAUCCUCGUACUCGCGCGCGCGCACGCCAAAGAGACGUCGAUCACCUAUCGAUUUGAGUGGUGCUCACGUUCACGCUUUCGAGAUUGUUUAACAUGAUUCCAUUGUGCCGACGUUGCGUUACGCGUCGAUGAAUGAAAAUUCGUACAAGUGAAGUGCAUUCCGUUUUUUUUUCCUCUGUCGAUCGGCCGAACGUCAAUCUUGUUUGAGUGAAACUGCAUUUCCGCGUUUCAAGUGUCAAAAUUAGAUCUGUAAAAGGUAAAGUGAAAGAAUGCAUACGCGAUACACGUGACACUUGCGUCUGGUGCGUGUUAAAUAUUCUCGAAUUGAAUUCCGUUGCGGAGUGACCGAUUUAUAAAAUUUGCGCCAACAUUAUGUAUUUAUAAUAAAAAGAGCAGCAUUAAUAUGGUAAUAUACUUUUUCCUUGAUCCACGUUGAAUGUGCGAUUCCGUUUUUCACGCGCGUCGUGCAUGCCCUCGCGCAAGCCAAUAUGCUCAUAUUUAUUUAUGUAGUCGCGCGCUCUCGUGUAGCCGGCGCAGCACAGUGCACCGUAUGCAUCAUGAAUCAGCGCGCGCAAUGGCAGCGUAUUGUAUUUGUGUUUCUCCGUUUUCUCAUCCAUUCAUCGAGCGUACAAAAAAAAAAGCGGAUUUAACCGUAGCGAUGCAAUGCCGCGAAUAUCGUACGCGAAUAUCGUCGCACAAAUUAUCGGGAAACUAAGCGCGAGCGAGUUGUCUCGCGUUCGUUUCGCUCAUGCGUUCCUAAUUAAUUAUAAGUACGUCCGAGCUCAUUAACUCGUCGUGUACUCAUUGGAGCGAUUAAAAUUGAUCUUUGACACUGCAGACCGAUGCUCGUUAUCAUUCGAACGUCUGUUAUUAUCGCUUAUAAACGCAGUAAAUUCUACAAUAUCGACGAUGUGUAUCGCGUUAAUAUUUAUCAUUAAUUUUAGUGAAAUAACGACGCUGUACAAGUCAAAACCACAUCCAAUUAACAAAAAAUAUUAUGCAAUCUCCUAAAAGGAUCCUAUUAAUGUUACAAAAAGGAAGCAAUCGUAAAAUCGUAUAAUUAAAAUUAGAACCGAGAAGCGAAGAUAUAUCUCGGUGGAAGUUUAACUUUUACAGUUUUCCCGGGAGUUUAAUUUUAACGGCGGUAAAGUAAACGUUUCCGAUUUGCGGCUGCACCCCCACCCUCCCCCGUGCGAAGCUCGGUCGCGUAAACUGCGCAGUUGCGCUCGAGUGUCGUUUUGUCGUGUCAUACGCGCCUUUACAACUCCGAGGUGCACGCGAGCGCCGGUACGCUCGUGUGCGUGGCCUCUCACUCUCUCCCUCGUCGGGAUCCCAUUGCUACAUGUUACAUGCUACACGCUCCGCUGUGUCCCGAGACUGUCGCGCGCGCCACUGAGUUGCACUUGCGUCUUCCAGGCAUCGAGCCGAGUCGAUUCUCGUAUCAACAGUUUUAGUAUAGAGAAAUGUACGAAAUAUUUUAUCUUUAGAUUUCUUGAAAAUUGAGACAAGGAAAUAUAAUAUGUUGUAAUUUUUACAUAGUUUUGAGCUAAUAAUGCUAAUAAUUAUAUACAUGUAAAUCCAAUUAAUUUAUUAGUAUUAAAUAUUUCAGUGUAGCAAAAGUGCAAUAUCUCGAUAUAUGUAUAUUAAUGUUCGUAUGCUGUGUAAACACGCCAUGGUGUCUACGAUUGCAAAAACAUGAUUGCAGUAAAUGUUAGCGUUCAAACGGAGCUCACUCGCGGCGUCCGAGGAGCAAGACAAUGUAUUGUCACGCUCCUCGCGCGUUUCCCCACCCCAAUCGGCUACCCUCACCACCGGUUUAUUUUGUCGUCACAGGUUGCGCGCGCACGCACCCCCACCGCUCGACCAAUCGGGGUAAAGCGGAGUGGAGGGAAGAGCCGUCUGCCGCGAGGCAGAACGUGCGGACCGAGUGGCUGUGAAAGCACAGAAUCAUUACCACGCCAGACCUCGAGGAGAACAGACGUGUUUCUCGUUUUACCCUGAGCUCAGUCGAGAUCUCUCGUGUCGCUCCGUAUUUCUCGUCUUCUCGUCUUCUCGCCGCUCCCUGUAGUACGCGCGCCGCUCAAAGUACGCGUGUGAUAUAUCGCGCCAAAGAGGACAGUUCGCGUGUUGGCCAGCCGACAAGUGUUUAUUGUCGCCCGUGGAACUGAUCAAGCUGAUCUCGUGUCGCAGCAAUACCUCCGUGAUACCUCACGUGACUGUCCGCGCAAAGAUAUCCCCGUGAUCUCCGCGGAGCCGUAGGGUGACGUUACGCGACCGACCCACCCCGUAUGUGUUACUACAUCCCUACGAGUGACAUGAAUCAACUGGUGCAGCCACCCGCACGGGGACAACCUUGGGGACACUGAACGCAGAUGUCGCGCGUUCGUGCUCCGGAAAAUUCUUAUCUCUCUUUCACGAAAAGUCACGGAAGUUCGAUGUGCUCCAUACAGUGCGCUCGAGCAGUCGAUCAGCAGCCGUGAGAAGGAACGAUCUCUGCGAUUCUUGACAGGUGAUUUUUUUUUUCCCAUGCGAGAGUGAUCUUCCACUUUUUUUUUCUUUUUUCACCUCCUCUUCAUCUCGAGAGUGUCCGACGCACGAAUAACUUCAUCAGAUGUUCAAGGGAAGUCUAGUUUUAAAAAAUUGAAAAUUGAGUCUCGCACGGAAGGACAGAAUAGCAAUUUCUCUACGGGAGUCUAUUACGUGCGCGUACGCCACGUGCGAUCCGGGAUGAUGAACGUUGAGAGUGUGCACCGGUGAACUCGUAUACCCGAUCACGUGUAUAAUAUUUCUGACGUGUUUACGAUACGAGAUCAGGUACACUCCGGAGAGAGAGAGAGAGAGAGAGAGAGAAAGAGGGAGGGGGGUCUUUGGAGAGUGUGCGCGGGGGAGACGUAAAAAGAGUGAACAGUGAGGCUCAACAAAAGACAUUGCUUGGUUCGGUUACAGUGCGUCAAUCCCGGGCUAGGCGGGAGCGGUAACGAGCACGUAGCUUGGACUCGAGUUACAACUGCCCGCAAUUGCCCCAUAGAAUAGACGAGAGGAAGACACCAUGGCGAUACCGUUUUUGCCCAAUAACGACGAGAGGACAACGGCGGAGGAGCAGCUGAUGUACCAGCUGUAUGUGACCCUCCACAAUGCCCUCCGCAGCAGAAACGCCCAUCAUCCGUCGCGAAAUCAUCGGGCGCCACGUCGAGCCGGCGGUUCUGGAUCCCAACAACCUCUGGUGAUCUGGUUGCAGCCCGGCAACGUUGAGGACUUGUCGAACUUGCCGUUGCCGGACCUGGUGCAAUCGGCCGUGGAUCAGCUGCCACCGCCGUCGCCUCAGGUGACAGUUUCUGUCCCCAGCAGCCCGAUGAGAGACGCGACCUUCCAGUUCCCUGAGUGCAACAACAUCACCGUCAACGGUGCACCGUUGCCGAGCCCAAGGCCACGGCCGCGAAGACGUUUCGCAUCGGAGAGCUCCGUCAUGGAGACGGGCCCGAUCGAGGUGAACAACUGCAACGGUACCACCUGCCGCUGCCACCUCGGCCUGAUCCUCAACGAGAGGCAGUCGUGGACAAGCGUGGGUGCCAAUCUCAGGAACAUCGCCGGUGAUUUCCACGCGUGCAGGACCAAGGACGCCGAGAUCGAGAAAUCGACGCUACCGAUGAUCGGUCCAGGUUUGUCCAAUGGUCGCAACAGCAACUCGUCGUCCACCGACAGUCUCCUGUCGCUGUUGAUUCCGACGCCGUUGCGAGAGACCCUUUGGGCAACGGUGGCUCUAUACCUAGGCUGGAGACUCGUCUCCCGCCUGCGAUAGAUGCGCCGGAUUUCGCCCAGCCGUUCUGGGUGAACCUACGGGCUCGAUCGACAAUUUCGUCGGCAACUGGAACGGCGGUAUCGGAGGUCAAUAAACGACGAAAUGGACGAACCGCCAGCAACUCCUUUUCUUGUCUACGACGUCGCGGAAGUCCUUGUGGAAUCUUCUGGACGGAUCGUCUCAAGAGGAAAAGGAGGAGGCAGUCGACGGCAGUCUGGAUCUCUCUAUGUGAUCGAAUAAUGGAUUUAAUCGAGGUAGAGCGCGUCGAGAAAAGACGAAUCGUUCUCUUAUUUGAACAUCCACUCCGAUAAUACAAUUGUAAUUUUAUAUUGUCUGUUUUUGUAUUUCGCGCUUGCGUUACGCGGCUACGCGAGAAUGCGCUUGAUCGACUUUGAUCGGUUCCUGAGGGACCAUGCGACUGCAUAUAAAAUAUUGAUAUCUUUGACAAAAGUAGUGAUAAUUAUUUGCUUCUGCGGCGUGUUUCUCAUUUUCUUAUGAUUGAUGAUUCUAAUUAAUUAAUUUAAUAAUCGAUGAUACGAUAAUUGAUUUGAUAGUUGGUAAUUGAUAGUAAUUGGUAAUUGAUAAUGAUAAUAAUGGAUUGAUUUUAUAAUAAUUUUUAUACUGAUCAUUGUGAUAAUUGAUAAUGAUAAUGAUAAUGAUAAUGAUAAUUGAGUCGAUGAGUCAUAGUUGCUCUCUACUAAAUAUAUUCCCCUUCAUUCCUUCUCGCGGGAACGAAUGGGUAGAAUUUUUAUAAAAAGAUCUCUAAUUGGAAACUUGGACUGCAAGAUUCCAAAAAAAGUUCUUAAUUAUUUUUUAUCGAUUAAAUCGAUGUCGACGGGAGAAUCGACCAUCUACUUACUUUAUUACUAUCUCUCGAGAACGGGGCAUAAUGGACUCUGUCUGCGUGCCAGUGAUGAGGCUUCGUAUGAGGACCACCCCCCCCGGUUCAUUAUUAUUAUCUUUCGAGAAUUGCGUGCUGUCGAUAAAUUGUGACUGUGAUUGCCGCGGAACUACGAAACAAAGGUUAGCGACGGCGGGACAGCGACGUCGAGGUACAAGUGCAUUCUCGCGCAAUGCGAGAGUUAUUUUCAUACGUAGCGCUGUUCGUUCGCCCUGCAAAUUCGUAGGCGAAGGGCCAAGGACGGGGAACUAGAGUUUUAGGAGAAAGGGGAUAGAUAACCCGACGAGAGUAAUCGAAUUGCGUAUUAUGUGGCGAUCGAACCCGAGACACGAGGAGGAAGGUAUUAAGGGUGACGGGGGGGAGGGGAGGGGAAACUAAGGACGAGAUCCAAAGAGGAUUAAACCCAAUAAUCAAAUGAUGAUCUCAUUACGGAUAAAUAAAGAGAAUUAAAUAAAGUAGUGUGAUUAUAUGAGAACGAGAGAGGGCGGACCAUACGCCCCCAAUUCUCUGUCUUCUCUUCGCGCGUCCGUCCCUCUCUUGAUCUCGCCAAGGUAGAAAGAGAGCCACUACUCCUCGGUACGUGGCUUGUAGAUAACGCGGUUCCCCCGACCGGUAGGCGGUCGACGGAGCAAUUCUUGUCCAAGAUUUUUUUAACGACGCCGCGCCGCGACGACGUCUCGCGAGGCCCGCUUGCGUUUCCUGGGAAAAAAGACAACGAAGAUUUUUUUUUUUUACUACAUUUGACAAUAUCACGAGCCUAAGCUAACAAAUCUGAAUUACAGUCGAAUUACAGACACGGUUAUUACGAUCGAUCGGCCUCGCCAGACGUCUACGAUGCGCGCGAGCGGAAUAUAUGUAUAUAAAGAGACGUCGAGAGGGAUGACGACGAUUCCAAAAAUGUUAAGGGGAUAGGGGACGAGCGAGGACGUAAGGUGGAGACAGGGGAGCAAACUUGUAUAUGCAUAGAGGAUUUAUCUAAAGUAAUAAACACUCAGUAAUAAGUCGAUGUUAUAAUAAUUAAAGUAGAUAAUCGAUAGGCCGAGGAUCGCAGCAUCUUGAUUGGCUAGCUGCGACUCCCGUGGACAGUUUUCAAAUGAUCUCCGGUAGCUUAGCUAUUAGUAGGCGCCCUCGUAAUAUGCGAGACGCCUUUCGCGGCACAUCGGAAGGAAUACCUUCUUCUUUCCCCUGUGCACUUUUCUCUCUAACUUGUCUAUUUUUCUCUUUCCUUCCUUCCCCCCGUCUUCUUUCUUCUAUCGACAAAAACUGUCUAUCGAUUCUCAUGCUCUAACUCACCUAUCCUCAAUCUUGUACGCGAUCCCCUCAGUUUCACUUCCCUGCUUUGCAAUUCCAUGUUUAUUGACGACAGUUCUUCACUGUUCUGUUGUGCGCAACGUAACGUAACGUAACGUAAUGAUCUCUGAUCUCGAACUUAGCGUGUAUUGGUAAGAUUCGUGUGUUGUGUUCGCUCGACGAUCCAGAGUCUCAAUUUUCACGGGCGAGCAGGCCCGAGCCUUCUUGUUUUGCGAAAUUUCUCUUAGGGUUCUAGGUAGGAACGGCAGAAGGGCUAGCCUAACGAAUGAGGGAGUGGGAACACAAUGUAUCCUUGGGCUUUCUCGUUCGGCUUUAAACUUGUCGAGACCAAAACUAUCGAGGCUGCUGUACAGUCGUCCCUGAUGCGGCCGCGCUUUCUCUUCUCCCCAGUGCAAGUCUAUCUGCAUUUUCCUUUGUCUCCCUAUUGAUAGGAUGAUUGUGACGUUACUCCGUCGAAGUAUUCCAGUGUGUAGGUCUAUAGUAUUUAUUUGUAGGCGAUACCAUUUUUCUACCGUCUUAUAGAGCCGCGUUUUGAGAUAAAUAUGCACACGCGGGAGGAAUAUAUUACUGCCAUUUCGAGAUAAGCAAAUCCUCGCCGGACGCUUCCAAACGGGAGCGGCUUUGUGGAAAGUCAAUAAUGUCGGUGUCCAUAACACGUAACGUCUAAAGAUGAAAAUAGUUAGAGUCAUUUUUCUAUACAGAUAUUUAACCCUCCAACGGACGCGCGGGAUGUAAUUUACACCUUAGAUUUCUUUUUUCCCAGAUUUCACAUAUAAAAUUUUUUUUUCAGUGCUGCACUUUUUUUACAGUCUUCUUAACCUAUUAAAAUUGGCAGCGCUUGCAAAUUGUACUCAUAUAUAUUAAAAUUUUAUAAACCUAUUUACGAAUUCAUACUCCUUGAACUUUCCUCUUGUAGAUUACACCAUGCAAAAUUAAAAUCGUAAUAAAUUAUGAGAUUUUUCAACUUAUUUAAUUUUGCAAAAAAUAGAUCUUUUGGACUUUAUUUCAAUAUUAACUCAAUAUUAUCGAAUAAACAUUAAAAUUAAAGUUUUAACUUGUUAGACUUCAAAAUAUGUGCAACAAUGAAUACUAUUCAACAAAAAGUAAAACAUUUCCAUCCACUUUGUAAAAAGGAGAUGUUACCGUUUUAUGGUUGCCGCUUUUCCGCGAUGCUGAUUGGUUCUCUUAUUACGCUUACUUCAUGUUGUGAGAGUAACUGUCAUUGCGAUUGAAUUUUGACACCUGUCAAAUUAGUAUAGAUGGUUUUCUAUACCAUUAUCGUUGUAA